AUGACUAACCACUUCUACGGGUCUUCACUCUUUCAGGCCCGUAAGACUGACCACGACCACCACCGUCACUCGCACUUGCACGGACGCAGUGCCAACCACCUUCGCUCGCAUGCCCAAUUCCACAGGCGCCAGGAGGAAAACGAAACCGCAGACCUGGAUUCAGGCGACCCCACCAUCACCGAGGUUGUGCAGACCAUCUCAGUCGUCCAGGUCAUCGAUGGCUCAGGCGCCAUCAUCGAGACUAAGACUUUGGUGUCCGAUCCGCAGACCAACUUGGUAGACGCCGAGACGGGGUCCACUAUUGACCCCGGGGUGAAGGUUGUAUCACCAACCUCCGACUCGGCCGGUGCUGCGACAACCUCGUCCACCGCCACCGAGACUCCCAUCUCGUCUGUGGACCCCGUCUCAGUUCCUUCCGAGACCACAACACCAUCCGCCAACCCCUCCGAUGCGUCCUCGACUGCCUCCUCCACGUCCCUGGUGACCACCGAACCCAUCACAUCACUCGUUCCAACUUUGUCAAUUCCCUCGACCUUCCCUUCUCUGAGUUCCACCUUCAACUCUACCAUUUGUGACUUCGCUUACUUCUUCCUCGUCAUCUUUGCUAUCAAGUUCCUCUACUCGUUCAAAUUCUACAGUGACUACCAGUUCCUCGGUAGGAAGCUCUACGGCAUCCCAGUCGCUAUCAUCGCUGGGGCUUCUUCCACAUCCUCCAGCUCGGAGUCACUUUCAGCCUCACCGUCAUCUACGUUUGGUGUAGGAGGCGGUGACGGUACUGCCGCGACUACUAUACUUGCCACGCCCUCAUCAUCUUCCACAUCAGCAUCUUCCGGAUCCUCGAGCGAUGACUCAACUCCGCCGACUGGCACGGUUGUCGGAGGCGUGGUCGGUGGUGUAGCUGGACUCGCGCUUCUGAUCGCAUUUGCUUUCAUGCUUCUCAGGCUAAGGAAGCGCGGAUGGUGUCACAUGCGGCUGGGUGGUGGCGACGACAAAUCCAUCACUCCAGCUACCAGGGCUGUGGGCGCUGGCCCUUCAGGAGAAGGCGCUGACGCUGGCGGCGGAGACGGUGGUGGCAGUGGUGGCGGCGGCAGUGGUACAUAUGGAACCAUGCAGAGGUCAUCAGCACCCUACUCAGUCGCUUCUUCGCUCGCGGCCUUGGCAGGAAAGCGGUCAUCCAGGGAGCGGUCCAACACAGGGUCAGAAAUGGCCGAGAGAGGCUUUGUUCGAGUGUCCGGAAAGAAGCUGCCGCCCGUGCUGCAGUACGGAGGCGACGGGUACUCCGACCCACGUGACCGGAACAGUCUCAAUAGCGAUGCUUCAGUCUACCGAGACUCGAUGGCCAUUUUCAACCAGGGCACUCAUCAGCGUCUGGCUCUUGGUUCCCCCAUGCGGCCAGAGAGUGGGGUCAUGGUAUACAACCCAGGUCCUGCGAAGACGCCUGUCACGGGCGAAGUCCCGAAGACGAUUGACUCACCGACACUCCCUCAGAGCUCCACGCUCCCCCCGGCAGACGCCAUCGGCAGGACUCUCGCGGCUCAGGACUACUCCCGCGAUGGCUCGGGUUCCCGAGCGUCACGGGGGUCGGGCAGAUUCACCGAGCAACUCUCUUGA